AUGGUCAAGCGGAAAGCACACUCCAAGCAGAGUGAAGGUCGCGUCACGUUCCUGAACGUUCAGUUCACCACGGCAUUGAUAGAUUUUACAAGCCUCGCAUCAUCGCAGUACACAUCUUGCUUCGAUGCCACGCGCGCUACACGCGACGGACCUGUCAUCGUCGCUGACGUCAAAGCAACGAAACUUGUCGAUCUCUAUGAAAUCGCAAGCCAAAUCUCUUUUCUGGUAGCUUAUGAACGCUUUGACAUUCUGGGCCAAACUCCGCCGACGGGGCCUAACGGCAAGAAGGAUCUCCGCAACCGAUAUUGGAGGGCAACGGGGUCUCGACUGAAAAUCUGGGACGAAGAAGGUCGUGACACUGGACAGGAAGAGGAGAAGAGCAACGACGACUCGGAAGAGGACGCGGAGUAA